AUGAAUUCAUGGAGUUGUCGAUCAAAUGAUAAUUGCAUUAUAAACCCAUUGACGAGAAACUUAUGCAAAAAAUGUCGGCUCCAGAAGUAUUUAGCGGUUGGGAUGAGAAAAGAAUUUAUCAGAAGUGAUGAACAAAAUGAGAGGAGAAAGAAAGCGAUGCGAGAAAACAAAUUAAAUAAAUUGAAACACAUUGGAAACAGUAUUAUAGACAUUACAUUAGAAGAGGAUUUGCUAGAAAUCAAUGAAAACAAGAAAAACACGGCAAUUGUUCCCAUGUUUAGGGAAAUCACGGAUUAUAACGGUUUGAAUGAAUUGGAAAGCAAUAGGAUAUCGGAGCUGACGAGCGCUGCCGUU